AUGAUGAAAUGGAUGCGAGGUAUGGUGACGAGAUCGUUACAGUGUGGUCAUCUGAGACUGUGGAAGAUGUUCUGCAACAACCCCGUUACGAACGAGGACUUAAUAGCGGCUCAUACAAUUUGGGACUAUAUGAAACUAAAUCACACUCUCAAUAAGAGUGAUAUCAUACUUGUUUUGGGAAACCAUGACAAGAGGACAGCUGAUUAUGCAUCUGACCUCUACCUGAAUGGAAACGCAGACUGGCUCAUGUUUUCGGGAAAAGUCGGCGUUCUCACACAAGGUAAAUGGAGGAAGACAGAAGCGGAGAUAUUUAGAGAUAUAGCGUUGUCUAAAGGCGUCCCAAAAGACCGCAUUCUUCUGGAAUUACAAGCCACAAAUACUGGAGAAAACGUUACAUUCUCAUACGAUGUGUUGGAGGCUAACAACCUACUGGACAGUCUAAGGAGUAUGAUUUUAGUUCAAAUGCCACACAUGGAAAGACGAGUGUAUGCUACGUUUAUGAAACAAUGGCCAGGGGAUCCGACGAAGAUAAACCUCACAGUGGCGUCACCGCCAAUACCGUUAUGUAAAUACCCGAAUCCUGACGUCGGGUCGCUCAAAUUUGUGAUAACUGUGAUGAUGGGGUGUCUUUAUAGGAUAAAAGUUUAUCCGGAUGCAGGAUAUCAGAUUUAUCAGUAUAUACCAGGUGAUGUAUGGGACAGCUACCUUAGACUUCUCCGUUCAGGUAAAUACAGUGGACACAUACCUGGAUGACCUAAAACAAUAAGAGCUAAAUGCUGACAUUUGUUUUGGCGACGAGAGGUAAUUACAGCCGACACCUAACUCAGCAGACUCGACUUGUAUCCUCUGAGAACGACUUAUUUCAACGACGCAGAAGAAAUUUCAGCAUAAACCAACUUUCUUUA